AUCCAGCAUAUUUUCUAAAUUUUGAUGUAAACUAGGGUUCAAUUUCUUGCAGCAAGGAUAUCUCACAGAAGCUAUAUGAUCGAGCGACCUAUCAACACGCGACUAGUAAGUUGUGCAACAGUGUAGCGCAACCGUUCUUACCUCCGGUCACAUUGUGCAUCAAUGGGUGUCUUUUACAUCACACAUUGUACACGCAUCUGACACAGAGCGGCUAUAGUCGCUACAUGAAAAUCUUGCUUAGUUAUGGCGAUGCAAGGCGAACCUCCAAAACCGGAUUGGCAACGCAUUGCUCAAGCCAAACGGCAAUCAGUCGUAGACAAGAUUCCGGCGUCGUGGAGACUAUCUGAGGCAGACCGGCCUUCACCAUCCACACUUCCGAAUGUCAUCGAGCAUAUCACUCAAUUCCUCACUCCACAUGAACUACAAAUUACGAAUGCAACGCCACGCAAGAUACUCGAAAAUGUGCAUAGCUUAAAUUGGUCUUCGGUAGAGGUAACGGCCGCAUUUUGCCAUCGGGCUGCACUUGCACAUCAAUUGACCAAAUGUCUAGUGGAGAUCCGUUUUGAUGAAGCUCGCCAGCAGGCCGAGGAUCUAGAUGCGUAUAUCAGAGAGUCGGGAAGACCUGCAGGUCCUCUGCAUGGUCUACCAGUAAGCCUCAAAGACCGUUUUCAUAUUCGAGGCCUCGAGAGCUGCUGUGGCUAUGUCAGUUGGCUUGGUGAUCACAAGACUGAAAAUGACGAAGGCGUCCUGGUCCAUCGCUUACGACAUGCUGGUGCGAUACUAUACGCCAAGACGAAUAUUCCAAUGAGCAUGCUGAUAGGCGAAACCACUAACAACAUUAUUGGCUCCACAAUAAACCCGUUCAACAGGAAUUUGUCCGCAGGAGGUGCUUGUGGUGGCGAGGGAGCUUUGAUCGCCAUGGGAGGGUCUCCUAUCGGCUGGGGGACGGAUAUUGCAGGAUCCAUACGCAUUCCAUCUUCGUUCAACAACCUAUUUGGUCUGCGCCCUUCCUACGGCCGGAUGUCAGCAAGUGGACUAGCUACCACUCUUCCAGGCCUUCCAACUGGUGGGACUGUGAUUGGACCUAUGUGUGGAGAUUUACCAUCGCUGACAAUGAUGACAAAAUGGUUCAUCAAUGCGAAGACUUGGCAAGAUGACUACGAAGUCAUCGAUAUGCCUUGGAACGAAGAAAGGUGGACAAACACACGCAGUAGGAUAUGCCAAGAAGGUCAGAGCAAUGGAAGUCUUGUAUUCGCAGUCAUGAUGGGUGAUGAAGCUGUGUGGCCGCAUCCUUCGGUUCGUAGAGCUCUAGUAACCUUGAUUGGAGCUUUGAAGCAACGAGGCUAUGAGGUAAUCACUUGGAAUCCUCCACCUCAUUCAGAGGCUGCAGACAUCUUUUUCCGAAUUCUAGGGUCUACAGCUGGACAUGCUAUACGCGAAGCUGUGAACGCCAGUGGGGAAACACCUAUACCACAGAUCGAAGAUCUUUUCAACACAGCCUCGGACCCAUCGCCAACCUCAGACUUCUGGGAGCUUUGCGAACAGCGGGAGCGUUUCCGCACAGCUUACCACCGGUACUGGAAGUCUACUCAGAAUCUCACUGCGUCGCGGAGGCCUGUCGACGGAGUGAUUUUGCCAACGGCAGCGCAUGCAGCUGCACCAGAGCAAUCCUUCACAUAUUUUGCAUAUUCUGCCGUUCCAAGUAUGCUCGACUUUACAACCGGCACUGUGCCUGUGACUUUUGCAGACCCAGAACUCGAUCGUAUGUUCAUGGAUGAUCCCCCCCGGCCUUUUCGAUCCCCUAAGGAUGAAAUAAAUUAUGAGCUGUAUCAAAACAACACCUCUGCUGGUUCGCCCGUCGGCAUACAGGUAAUGGGCCAAAGACUCCAAGAGGAGAAAGUUCUAGCCAUGAUGGAGGCAGUCAAAGCAGCUCUGGACGAAUAUGACCCCCUCGCGCCUCAAUAGUGAACAACCAUGGACGUUUCGUGAAUCAAACACGAUACAGAUAUCAGUCAAGAGGGCCCAUCUCUACGAUUAAUCAAUAGCCUAU